AACAUUUCUGGAAAUGUCAUUUCUCUUUUAUUGUAAGAAACAGUUUUUUUUUUUUGGCAAACACUUCAUUUUUAUUAACAAUAAAACAAAAACUCUUAAAAUUGUGCAAAAAAUUAUAGAAAAUCAACUUAAAAUAAUAAAAAAUUCUUAGAAAUUAAGCGUUAAAAUAAAUUUGUACCACAAAAAUAAAACAUCUGCCUUUUCUAUAUUAAUUUGCGGAAAACUAAUAAAAAGCGCAAAAACCAAAACCAGUGACCACGCUAGCAAUAUUGUAAGUACAAUCAGCAUUACUGCCGCCAACUAAAUAAUAUGGCUAAAGUACAUAUAACAAAUGUUGUGGUGCUGGACAAUCCCAGUAGUUUUUUCAAUCCCUUUCAAUUCGAACUAACCUUUGAGUGUAUAGAAGAGUUGAAAGAGGAUUUGGAAUGGAAAAUGAUAUAUGUGGGCUCGGCGGAAUCGGAGGAAUAUGAUCAGGUCUUAGAUACCAUAUACGUGGGUCCCGUGCCCGAAGGUAGACACAUAUUUGUAUUUCAAGCGGAUCCUCCAGAUGUCACUAAAAUUCCUGAACCGGAUGCCGUCGGUGUCACCAUAGUCUUGUUGACAUGCUCUUAUCGUGGCCAGGAGUUUGUGCGUGUGGGUUAUUUUGUGAAUAAUGAUUAUGCCGAUCCUGAGAUGCGUGAAAAUCCCCCACCCAAACCUCUAUUUGAUAAACUAACCCGCAAUAUAUUGGCCACCAAGCCGAGAGUAACGCGUUUCAAAAUCAAUUGGGAUGAUGCUUCCACAAAUGAAUUGGCCAAUGGCAAUGGUCAUGAUGGUGAAAAUAUUGAUGAUGACAUGCAAUGUGCUGCUGGUGAUAUGAAUGGCGGUGCCUCCACCUCAGCAGCUGUCGGCGGUGCCUCAUCCUCUAACAGUCAUAAUUCUUUAGAUGCGCCGGAAGCCACCAUGGAUGAUAACAGUUUAGCUAUGCCUAUUGAAAAUGGUGUGGCCGCUUUAAAUGAAAACUCUAAUUCUUUAGCCAUGGAAUGUUAGGUUUAAUUUAUAUCACAUAAUUUCUUUAGGUUUAGCUGAAAAACCUCCCAUGUUUUUAGUUUUUUAUAAUUCUAGUAAAAGAAACAAAACUCUCUGCAGGCUAUUGAUUAAGUUGGAAAUGUUUUGUGUAUAACUGUACUAAAAAAAACAAAAAAAGAAUUCUAACUACCUAUUUAUUUAUAUAAACUCAAGCUGCUGCUUUUCUUCUGCUUAAACCAAAUUAAGGUCUCAAUUACAAAAGUGAAUGCAUCGUUUCUUUACUACUUUUUUUAAGUUAUGUUUAUGUCAAAUUCUCUAUUAUUAUUUUUUUAUAUUUAUCUAAUAUUUAGUACGUAAAUUUACUUUAUUGUAAAAUGUAUCAUCAAUCAUCAGAAAAAUACAAAAUGAUUUUUGUGCAAAUUGUUUAAAUUAUUACAAAAAGGAA